GGAUCGGGCCGCCGUCCAAAUCUCCAUAUCGCUAACCAGUAUGAUAUUACUAACUUACUGGGCAAACAUAAACCCCAAAGAGGAAAACGGGGAAGAAAAAAAAAAGAAAUCAUUCUUUUUCCGAGGUUGAGGAGUGACUCCUCAAGACAUCCCCCCCCCUCCCCCCUGCCCCCGCUUGGGAAAACACGUCUUCCCAGAAAAGUGCUUGUUUAUAGGCCUCAGGAGAGCGCGUUUAGAUGUUUCCUCCCCCCUCUCCUCCCUGCGAACGUGGCGAACGGGUCUUCUCAACUUCAACGCAAGCUCUGCAAUUGGGUACCAGUACGAGCAGCUACCAUGGCGGAAAUCCACUCCCAACUUGAUCCCCUCCCCCAAAAUCUCCCCUUUGAAAUCAUUUCUAAAACUAUUGGCCGCGGGGCUUAUGCUUCGUUAGUUCCCCUUUCCUCUCCAUCCAUCCAACCAACUGACUCCCCAACAGAGUCAAGAAAGGCCGUGUGCCCCAAACUGGUGAAGUGUUUGCUGUAAAGUUCAUACACAAGCGGUACGCAAUCGAGCGGGGAAAGAUUUCGCCGCGACAGAUUAUGGCGGAGGUCACCCUUCACAAGCACUGUGGGUACCAUCCGAAUCUUAUACAAUUCUACGAUUACGGGGAGGAUGAGGUGUGGACUUGGAUUGGGAUGGAGUUUGCCUCGGGUGGGGAUUUGUUUGACAAGAUUGAACCGGACGUUGGCGUUGCUGAGGAUAUCUGUCACUUUUACUUUGCCCAGCUGGUUGCGGGAGUUUCGUACAUUCAUGGGCAGGGGAUUGCUCACAGAGGUAAGGGGCAUUAUCUACUCGAUAGUUGUGCCUUUCCCGCUUCCGUUCUCUCUGUUUUGCACUACUAAUUGGAGGAAUUCGUAGACAUCAAACCGGAGAAUAUACUGCUAGACGAUCGUGGUAAUUUAAAGAUUGCUGACUUUGGCCUUGCCACGGUCUUUAGCUUUAAGGGCUCAUACAAGUCCACUUCAAACGUCUGCGGAUCCCCUCCGUAUGUUGCGCCGGAGGUUCCUAUCCAUUAUUCGCUUUUGCCCGUUUCAUGUUAGCCUGAACUGUUGAAGCUAACUGAUUGGGAACCGCGUCCUUUUAUAGGUGCUGAUGGGAAGUUAUCGGGGGGAUCGGGUCGAUGUGUGGUCUUGCGGUGUAUUGCUCUUUGUGCUAUUGGUGGGAAACACACCCUGGGAUGAGCCUGGUCCCCCGUCUUGGGAGUUUGAAGAAUUCAGGAGAACCAAUGGUCGCCCGACAUACGAUCCUUGGCCACGCGUUUCUCCAGAUGUCCUUUGUUAGUGGGCUCUUUGUGCAUUGGCUGGAUCUAACGUUCGGUCGGUGUUUGCCGUUCUCAAGGCUAACCUUCUGAAAUAGCUCUGCUCCGGGGCAUGAUGAGAUUGGACCCUCUCACGAGGUUCACAUUUGAGGAAAUUCGGCGCCAUCCAUGGUUUACACGGUGCGUCUAUAGUUCCAUUUCCCUUUCCCUUUUUUAGAAAAAUAAAAUAAAAUGAGAAUAAAACAAGAUAACGUUUCCCCUGGGCAUUGGCUGAUGUUCUGGUAUUUAGAGAGAAUCCUCAUCUCACCGAGGACGGAUCUUGCAUUGACAGCGUGAAUUUGGCAACGCAGUUGAUGGAAGGCUUACAUGUCAACUUUAAUGACGUGCCAGCUAGUCGGGGAGUAUCUCAAUCCGUUAGCGACGAUUUCAGCAGACUAUCGUCAACGCAGCCGGAAACCCCAAUUACGGAUGUUCGCUUCGAGUGGGAGAGAUCGUGGCAGUCUUCCUCACAACCUCUGGGGAUACCGCAGGAUUUCAGCUCUCAAGAUUUCUGGGCUAGCUUGGCUGAAGAUCCCACCAUGAGCCAAUUCGCGCCUCAGCCCUCGCUCCCGCUGUCUCUUGUAAGUUUCUCUUUUUGUCUUUUCACUUAUUUGUCCUUUCAUCCCUACCCCGUUGUGCUACAUUCUUCUGCAAGAUGCAGGAAACAGUACUGACCAUAUCAAGACCCAAAAUGCCCAAAAGUUCCAGGACAUCUGCCCCUCACAGCGCAUGACACGUUUUUAUUCUUCCUAUUCUUUCCGGCAGAUCUUGCCCAUCCUUGCCAGCGCUCUCCACCGUCUAGGGGUCGUGGCGCCAGCGUUCAAGCCGUCCGACUAUGACGAUAGCAAUACGGAGACCUGGAUACCCGUAAAGAUAUUGGACAAACGAAAGUGUCAUUUGAGGGGGGAUAUCCUGGUCGAGAGGAUGGCACCGGAUGUAUUGCAAGUCAGCUUUUCAAAGACGAUAGGCGACCCAUUGGAGUGGAGGAGGUUCUUCAAGGUAUAUAUCCAC